AUGCAGCCAGAAGAAACAACCAUGACUUUCCCCCAGGUACCGCCUCAGACGCCGUUUACCCAUUUGAUCCCCAACCAGAAUAUCGCGCUCGUAUCACAGUUCAAGCUCACAUCUGGGGUCCUCUUGACUGAUGUCCCACUCGCUUAUCGUACUUGGGGAAAGUUGAACGCCGAAGGAACCAACUGCAUGGUGAUUUGCCAUGCUUUGACAGGAUCCGCUGAUGUCGAGGAUUGGUGGGGACCGCUCGUAGGCCCCGGCUUGGUAUUCGACCCGACUCGCUACUUCAUCUUCUGUGCCAACGCUCUCGGCUCACCUUAUGGGAGUGCUUCACCCGUAUCUAUCAACCCUAAAACGGGCAAGAAAUGGGGCCCUGAAUUCCCCUCUACGACAAUGAGGGACGAUGUUAAACUCCAGAAAAUCCUACUGGAUCACUUCGGCGUGCGAACCGUCUCAGUAGUGAUUGGUGGUAGUAUGGGGGGUAUGUCAUGCCUCGAAUGGCCUCUCUGUACUCCACCGGGCUACGUCCUCAAUGUUGUACCGAUCGCCACCUGCCCUAGACACUCCGCCUGGGGUAUCAGCUGGGGUGAAGCCCAACGACAAUCGAUAUACUCAGAUCCAAAGUAUCUGGAUGGUUACUAUGAUCAAGACGAUCCACCGGCCAUCGGACUCGCAGCGGCACGCAUGGCCGCCUUGUUGACUUAUCGUAGUCGUGAUAGCUUUGAAACUCGCUUUGGAAGGAAGCAAGUAUUACCCAAGCCAAAUUCGUCUAGCUCUCCAACAACUGGGAAUUCUAACGGCACAGUGGUCAAACCCUCCAGCCAUCAAGAGCAGCUCAUCGAGAAAGCUACCUUAGAGGCACUUGCAGCGCACAACGAUGGCCAUCGCCUUCAAUCUCAAGCCGUUCUCCCACACGAGCAACCGAAACCCGACGAGAAUGCACGUGCGGAGAUGUAUGCAAUUAAGUCACCGUGUCAAAUAUUUUCCGCUCAAUCUUAUUUGAGAUAUCAAGGGGAUAAGUUCGUUGGACGAUUCGAUGCAAAUUGCUACAUUCAUCUCACGCGUAAACUAGACAGUCAUGAUGUCGACCAUGGGCGUGAAGGUGGACCCGCGUUGCUGAAGAUCCCUCCCGGCGCUUUGGUCGUAGCAAUCAAUUCAGACGGUCUGUUCACACUGGUUGAGCAGCAGGAACUCGCCAAUUCUAUUCCCGACGCCCGACUGGUUGUUGUUGAAAGUACAGACGGACACGAUGGCUUUCUGUUAGAAUUCGAACAAAUCAACCGACACGUUCUCCUACAUCUCCGUCAAAAACUGCCACAUCUAUACGACUUUCCAGGAAACCUCGCGGAUAACGCAGUCCUCACGACUGAGCCACUCACGAAUGUCGAAUCGAAAAUUCUCAAAACCAGCGUCUGCAGUGAGGCUGACGGAAGCAUUACCGAUUGGUAA